UUUCGUAUAAAUACGAAGCUGUUGUAGAAUUUUCAGCUCAUUUUAAGUAUUUCUUGUGUAUCGUUUGUGCUAGUCUUUGUCUAAGAGUGCGACAAUGUUCCGAUUCCUUGCGAUCGCUGCCUGCCUGGCCAUCAGUGUCCACGCCUACUCGGAGGGCGGUCCUAAGGUCGCGUGCCGGGAUCUGACGCCCCAGCACGGCGCAAAGCUGCAGACGGAGAAGCCCCCGUACAGUUUAGCCGGCCCCUCACAUGUCCGAAGCGACCAGAAGCUGAGGCUUACCCUCGGCGGUGAUAACUUCCUUGGCUUCAUGAUCCAGGCCCGCGACGGACAGAACCGGGUGGUUGGCCAAUUCCAGGUGGUCGAUGACACCCAUUCCCAGACACUGGACUGUUCCGGCAAGCAGGACACGUUGACUCACCUGAAGGCCACCAAGGGAAGCCCACUGACCGGCGUCACCUUCGAUUGGAUCCCACCAGCGGGCUACAAGGGCAACGUUAAGUUCAUGGCUACCGUUGUGCAAACUAGUUUCGUUUACUGGGUGGGCCGUGUCACCAAAGACAUCGACGUGGAGUAAAUGCAGCUGUAUUCAGUAUUUGUGAUAGAUAUUUCAUGCUUAUUUUUGUAAAUCUAUAACGGUGUUGACCGUUACUGCUCCAAGCUAAAUUGGAACCAAGUAUUUUUUGGAAUAAAGUCAAGAGUUAAUGAAAA